AUGUCAACAUCUGCAGACCACAAUCCUGGACUUGCAAACAUCGCAAAAGCUGCUUACACUUCAAAAAGGCGCAUCUCAUUCCACAAAUCGCAAAUAUUCGACAGAUGUAACAUCCAAAAGCAUAUGGAUCCAUCAUACAGCUUUCCCGGUUCGCCUGGAACGCCCUUAUUCCAAGCAUCUCCUGAGCGCGUUAAUCAACAGCGGCAAUCACAAUAUGGCAUGGAAUCCCCAUCCGCGAGCGUGCACCGCGAAAGUAAAAUCCACUCAAGAGAUAGCUCUGUACAUGAGAAGGUCGCAGCAUUUAAUUCUUUAGCUUUCCAAGGAAAGGCGCUGGAACGCAAAGCCAACGAUGCUGCACUCAAACGCGCGAUGUUGGGAAGGGAGGAGGCAGAAAGUGAAAUGCGCCGGUAUCGAGAAGAAACGCGAGCUCUGAGGCGGCAAGUCGACGAAGGGAGAGCGAGAGAAAUUAAAGUUGGUGAAAGGCUUGAGACGGUCAUGGAAAGUUAUGGUCGAGCCAAGGAGACGUUCGCGCAUACACAAGCAGUUUGGGAGAAGGAAAUCCGAAGAGCUAGGAAAGAAGCCUUCAAGUCACAGUCUGCGAUGGUCAAAGUGCAAGAAGAGCUGAAAGCGACGCGAAAUUCGCUACGAAUGGUAGAGUCUGAUUUUGAUAGAGAGAAGGAACGCAGCCUACAAAGAGAGCAGGAAGCGUUUGCUGCAAGAUAUCAACUUGUUGGAGUACAAGAAGAGGUUGGACAGCUUCAGGAGCAAAUUAAACUCGUCGAACAAGAGCGAGAUGGAUUAAGAAUGAUCGCCAAGAACGAAGAAGUGGCGAGGAUCGCAGCCGAAGGAAGAUUACCGUUACCAAAGGCUCCGGAGGACGACGAGUUUGCCUCUCCAAAGAAAGCAAGAAGAUCUUUGGAUCCAGUCACCGUCAUUUCAUCAGCGGCAAGCGAGGAGGAGUUGGAGGAUAUGCAGAUGAGAUUAGCGUGGGAGCAGCGGCGAGCAGAUCGAGCUUUCGAUCGAGUCGAAUUCUUGGAAGCCGAAUGCAAACUCAGAUGCUGCGAGUCCCGAGCAACAAGUGACUCUACGAAAUCCCAAUCAACAGUAUCUCGCCAGGAAUCCAAUACUAUACUACUAGCACCAAGCACGGUAUUCAUACCGGAAGAAGGCGUCUUCCGAACAAUAUCGCCUGGCCCAGAAGAGUCACCUUGGCUCUCACCGUUGAAGAAUUCCGCUCCCCUGUUCGAAAUACCAUUGUUCCAGAAGCCGAUACCAGAUUUGGAACCACCUACUCCCGAACGACCCGAAGUCGAAAUCAGAACUUACGCAAGGACACCAUCAUGUGAGCCACCAGCGCCAGCAAUCAUAUCAGACGCGAAUACGUCUCUAUUGUCUCUUCUUGACGGGCCAAGAAGUCCAGUGGAACCGGAUUUCAUCGCGAGUUUCAACAUCCCUACUGUGGCAGAAACCAAGCACAUUGCAGAGGAGGAAGUUGAAGAAACAGCCGAUGAGGCAGAUACCACUAUUGUGCAAACAUUUCACACUAUUUCGACCACCACCAAGAUUCCUCUCGCAAGCGCUCCAGAACUGACACCACAAACGACCCUGCCAGCUGAUCUUUCCAAUCCAGCGCUCAGCCCUACGAUGUCACGCGAGGAGGCUCUUGCACAAAUUCGUGAACGGCGUGGAAGAGCGAGAAGUCUUGCCCAAGGCACAAUGACUCCAAGAAAGCAAAUGGCUGAAGGUAUCAGCAGGCGAGAUAUCAGUGCUCCUGCUAUUCGCAGUGGGAAUGUAAGGGGAAGAAGUCAGAUCAGGGGACCAAUAUAG